UUGCCGUCAUCCGAGAAGCUCCGGCUGAUGAACGCUGUCUGGAAUCUCCGUCGCCUCUUGCUCUCACCGCAGCCUGGAGGCUGAGGCUCACCUACAGCUGCAAACCGCCUGCGCUAGCCCCGUGACUCACCCACGCCCCUUUAAAGCCACACCGGGGCAGGGCAGGGGCCACUGGAGAAGCCAUGGCUCUCAGGCUCUGCUGUUCCCGCUGGGCACUGCUCUGCUGGCUGGUGGCAUUCGUGGCACAAGGAGCAGAGGGGCUGGCUCUGCCUCCUGGAGGCACACAGCACAACGCCCACCCUACAGACUGCCAGAUCUUCCCGCUCACCCCGCCACCCGCCACAAGGAGCCCGGUGACCCGGCCCCGGCCCCGGCCCGGCACAAGGACACCCAGACAGCCCUUGGUCUUCUUCCCACAGUGGCCCAGGGUCCCCCCCAGGUUCCCAGGCCCACCCUUCCUCCCUCCGGACUGCAGCCGCCGCUUCCCGUGGCAGCCGGGGUUCUGGCCACGCUGCUGCGUGACCCCCAGGCAAUGUCAACUGGGGACAGAGCUGCGUGGGGAAAGCUCGUCGUCGGAAGAGACUGGGGAGAGGUGAGCCCUGAGCCUGAGGAGCAGGAGGAGAUCUGGCCUGUGACCAGCCGGGGAAGAUUCCAUGUCCGCCUUGCAGCUAGAGUUACGGGACCAGAACAUGAAGCUACUCAUUUUAUGGCCAUGACUAGAAAUCAUUCUCCUCAUCAGCAGUGAAGACAACGGAUUAUAGGUGAUUUCUGUUUGAAAACUAGGGCAGUAACUAUGUCAUUCUUAUCCCUCAGGGGAUUAAUGCAAAUAAAAUCCUAAAACGGGACGUUCCAAUAAUUCCUAUCCACACCGAGAGUCGAAGAUUCAGCCCUGUCUUCUAAAUGACAGGGGAGCACAUUUAAAGAAAGAUCACUAUGAUUCCAUGAAGACAUGAAUGGCUUUUUUAAAAUAUUCUGUAGGAAACUUACUGAGCAAGGUGAACUUACAAAGUGAACUUUGAAAGAAAUGAUAAACAUUAAAGCAAAAAUGGAUGCGGAAUCUGACUAUGGGUAUAUUUUUACGUUUCGACUUUUUAUACUUUCAAAGUUAAAAACUGAAUAAUCUAACACAAAUAAUUAUGUUGAAGUGUAAUAUCCAAAUUGAAUAUUAACCUUUGAAGCAGGUGGUGUGACCAGCCUCACAAGUUCCUCACUACUGUGGUCACAUAAACGUGAAAUGAAAUGAAAACUUCCCCUGAACACUCAGCACAGGUCCACACACCAAAGCUUGAUUAAAGAGCCAUGUACGUGGGUGUCCUUUGAACUUUAGGGUUCUAUGAACAAAGAUCACUCAACCACAGGGAAGGUAUGUUCUCAGGGUGCAGGACGGGUCCCAUGGGCUGCACCCGUGGCCUGGUUGUUUCUUGCCGGGAAAGCUCACCUCAUACCUGUGCUGCUCCUCUUGCCUGUGUUCAGGAUUUGAUCGUGGUCUCUACUUCCCCACCCAAGUGGUCAGGGGCUUCCACUGGGUCUUUAAAGAAUGCUGUGCAAAGGAGGCCGCUAGUACUGCUACAAAGACAAUCAGUCAGUCAAUCAAAAACACUAAGAUACGAGCACAGGGUGGGGGGUGCCUGGGAGAAGGUGAGCCGUAUAAGAUCACUGUGCUGGGCUUGCUCCAAUAAGUGAUAUAGCAAGUGAUAAAUGUCUUCACUCACUUAGCACUAAAUAUUCAUUAUUAGAACUGGCAUUUGCUUUAAAUUUAUAUAGGUUUAUAUAAAAACUUAUUUGAAAUCAUCAUCAAGAAACUGUAUUUUGAAAUAAACCUUACCUGGGCUUUGAUUGCUCGGGACAUACCAAAAAUGG